GCAAGCCAGUUGCGGUUUUCCCCAGUGCAAGAACAGCACAGUUGUCCAUGGUUAGCGGUGUAUUGUUGGCUGUAAAUGUAGUGAACCGUGUGCAGCGGCGAGGAAGCAGCUAUGGUUGUGAGUGUGGACGCUAAAAUCGUGAUUAUUGGAUGCGGUAUAUCCGGUAUAGCAGCGGCGCACAGGCUCGUUAACGCCGGAUUUCACAAUGUGCGGAUAGUUGAAGCGACUGCAAGAAGCGGAGGACGAAUAAAAACAGGCAGAUUGGGUGAUAAUAUUGUUGAGAUCGGUGCAAACUGGAUCCAUGGACCCUCCGAGGGGAACCCCGUGUUUCGUCUGGCCCGUCAGUAUGGGCUCCUGGAUCCAGAGGCCCUCACCCCAGAGAACCAGACCAUUGACGUCGGAGGACAUCCCCCCUGGGUUCCCAACAUCUUCACCAGUUCAGGUCGGAAGCUGAAUACUGAGGACAUCUAUCCUGCUAUGGAGAUGUUUAAUGAGCUGCUGAAUGAGUGCUCAGAAUUUCGUCAAGGAGGAGAACCUGUGGCAAGCGUGGGAGGUUUCAUCCGCUCAGAGGUGCAACAGCGAGCAGCAGAGAAGUGGAAAGAUGUUGACACGGCCACUAAAUCUCUGCAACUGUGUGUGAUCAGUAACAUGCUGAAGGUGGAGUGCUGUGUUAACGGGACUCACAGCAUGGAUGACGUGGGGCUGGGGGCCUUUGGCCUGUAUGAGACUCUACCAGGAUUGGAUUGUACAUUCCCGGGUGGCUACGAAGGUCUUAUCAAAAACUUGAUGUCGGAGCUCCCCGGGGGUUUAGUGACCUACAAUCAGCCUGUGCGCUGUGUCCACUGGAACAACACAGAGAAGAGAGGAAACCCUGUAAUGAUCGAGUGUGACGCUGGGGAGAAGAUUUCUGCUGAUCAUGUUAUCGUCACCGUACCUCUAGGAUACCUAAAGAAGCACCAUUCAGCCCUGUUCCGUCCUCCUCUCCCUCUACACAAGCUGCACUCCAUCCAGAGACUAGGUUUUGGAACAAGCAAUAAAAUCUUUGUGGAGUUUGAUUCACCGUGGUGGGACGCUGCCUGUGAGCUCAUCUCUCUCCUGUGGGAAGAUGAGGACGUCAUGUUGGACCAGGUGCCAGAUGUCCAGAGAUCCUGGAUAAAGAAGUUGUUUGGCUUCACUGUGCUCAAACCCACUGAAAGGUAUGGCCACGUUCUCUGUGGCUGGAUUGCUGGCCGUGAGGCAGAGUACAUGGAGACGCUGUCUGAACUGGAGGUCACACAAAGUGUCACACAGCUCAUCCGCAGGUUUACAGGGAACCCUACCAUCACACCGAGGAGAAUCCUGCGCUCCCAGUGGUUUCAUGACCCCUGGACAAGAGGGUCCUACAGUUACCCUGGAAAAGGCUGUUCAGUGCAGGAUCUGGAGAACAUGAUGGAGCCCCUGCCUACAAAGGGAUCACAGACACAACCCCUGCAGGUGUUGUUUGCUGGAGAGGCUACUCAUCCCUGCUACUACUCCACCGUGCAUGGAGCUCUCCACACUGGGUGGAGGGAAGCUGAUCGACUCAUCUCUCACUACUCCUCCAUCAGUCCAUCUGAGCCGCCCAAGUCAAAGCUUUAAAAGCACAACAAAAAUAGAUUAAUCAGACUCACAGCUACAAUUUCCUGCUGUUUUUGAUCCUGCUGUUUAUUUUAAUCUGCCACUUUAAAACUUUUAGCAGUGAAUUGUUACUCUGCUGAUUUCAGUGCAUUAAUUAAUGGACUUGGCUGGUAAUGUCUACUGGGACAGGUAAUCCACGCAAGUGAUCGAUAUAGUUAUGAUAUUUUCAUUAAAUACAUUAAGGAUACAUCUUUGAAUAAUAACUGAUAAAGGUCUCUUUGUAUAUUUUAGUAAGGAUUUACCGCAGCAGACAAAUUCUCCUCAUUCUGCCUUCAAGAAGUGACCUUAAAAUGAAAUUUUGCACAUAUUAAUCAGAUCAGCAUGAUGGCAAUUCAGUUAUAAGAAUUAGUCAUGAUUUUGUAACGUCAUUGUCUUUUUUUUUUAAGACAGAAUGAAUUACAUACAGUUUUCAACUACACUUUUCAUAAUCUAAUCUUUGAUUAUGGAUGAUUGUAAUUAACUGU